AUCUCCACAACCACACCCCGCACCAUCAGAAUUUCUCUCUUCUCAUCUCAAACUCUACCCUCCCGAUCAAUUGCGUACAGAAAACACCCCGAAAUCGCCAUGCUUCCUUACCGUCUUCCCGCUCCACCAUACCUCUACUCCGGACCUUCACCACCCCAGAUGACUUCACCCGAGGUCACAGAGACCGACCUGUGGACCUCAGCUGCUCGCAGAUCGCCUGCCGUCUCGGUGGCAUCGUCUGGCCUCAGCUCGCUGGAGGACGCGGAAGACGACUUCGGCCGCCUCAUGAUUCAGAACGCACGAGCAGAGAAACGCCUGCGAGAGCUGCUUUCCGGGAAGAGAGUCGAGCCUUUCCGCAAAGCACGCAAAUAUGGGGCUUUGACUGCGGAGAUUCUGUCCCGUCGCCAGCCUGCUCAGACAGGAUUCAAUGGCUCACAGGAAGUGGCAAAAUGGAUACCCGAGGUGGACGUUUUCAUGACGCCGGUGGACGAGGCUCCAGUUGCACCUGAAGAAGACGUGCCUUUCGGACACGUUUUCCCGCGGGAUUACGACGCCGGAAUUGCUUCAGCUGCUGAUCAAGAUGGUCAAUGGGACGAGAAAUUGGACGAGAAUUACGAUGAGAAUCACGACGAGAAUCAUGACGAGAAUCACGACGUCGAAGAUACCGAGGAACAAUGGCCCUCGAAAUUGGACGCUGGGACUCCUGCUGUUGCACACAUGGCUGAAAGACCGAGGACCCCCUCACCACCUUCGUCCCAACCAGACAAGAUCGCGAGUGACCUUCUGAAACGCCGCAUUCUGUACAUGGGUGCUGGAUGCAAGACCCCCUCACCACCUGUGUCCGAACCAGAUAGGAUCGCGACUGAGUCUCUGAAACGCCGCAUUCUGGAGAUGGGUGCUCCGCGGUCUGCGACUACCAGGAAGACUCCCGUGCCACAAAAGAAAGUGGAGGUUGUCAGAGAGACUCUCGUGCCGCAGGAGAAAGUGGAGAUUAUCAAGAACACCUCCGUACCGCAAAAGAAAACGGAAGUUAUCGAGAAGACUGAAGUCCCGAUUCCAGAGACGGUCCAAAAGGAAGAUCCAGCGGACACGAUGCGGGCCCUUAGUCGCCUACUUGCACCGAAAACGUCCCCAUCUUUCGUAGAAGAACUGCCCGCAAAUACCCCCCGACCACGCAACCUACCCACCUCCGCGUUGGCACGCAUUGUUGCUGAUGCGAGAAAUGCCGGGAAAACCGACCAAAACCGCCACAGAGCGUACAGCGAUUCGACCAUCAACUCAUUGGAGAAGAUGGUCGCAAUGCCUGGAGAUGACGAGACCGUCGAAUCUCCGACCGAAAUCCUCCCCUCUCUCGGUCCUGAAACCACCAAAACCACCGAAAACACCCAGCGAGGCCACGAAAUGGGCCAACUUUCCAACAUGAACGCCCGCCUCUUCGCCACGCGUUCCUCGAUAAAGGACGCAAACAAGGGCAUGCAGCGUCUGGAGGAGAGCGUCAGCGUCGCAAAAAGCGACCGAAGCACCUGCAGAGCGUGCAAAUGCCAAAGCUACCAUCAAAUGGCACCACGACGAGGCCUCCGCGACCCUGCCCCGACAUGGUUGAUUCUGCUGCUUCUUGGCCUGGUUGCGUGGUACAUCGUGGAGUCGACGCUUUGUACCUACUUCUGCCAGCCAGCGUACGCGAAAAGUAUGAAAGGCUUCGGAGUCUACGACUGGGCCCCGGAGCCACCAUUCGUGACCUUGUCGCUGGCUCUGCGUCCGUUUGUCUGGCUCUUCCGGGCCUUUUUCUUAUUUUUGAGGCGGGGAAUUUAGGUGCUUUUUCUUCUUCUUCGGCGCAAUAGGUGGGUACUUUUGGUUUUCUUUUUUUCGCACAACGGGUGGGCAGUUUGGGUACUUCUUAGGCACACUGGGUAGGGACUUUUGGCUUUUCUUUUGGGCAUUGCGUGGGCGUUUUGGUUACUUCUUUUGGCAUUGCGUGGGCGCUUUGGGCACUUCUUAGGGCCACUGGGUGGUUACUUUUGGCGUUUCUUUUGAGCAUUAGGUGGACACUUUGUGAGCGUUUAGCAUGGCGUUUUGGGAAAAAAGAGAGCACCCCAAGGGGGCCUCGGAGCGGUUGCCUUUGGAGCCUUUUGUAACGAGUCACGAAUCACGAAUUAUGAACUUCUGUUUUGCACAC